CCUGACUCUGCUUUCCUCCUCCGCAGCUCGGAGGGGCUGAGGGCCCGGCGGAGACCCCCCCCGGCCCCGGGGUCCCCAUGGAGUGGGAGUUGCGGAGCCCAGUCGCCGAGCAGUAGCCGCAGCAGUGGGAUGUUUACCUGGCGGUGCCUCAUCCUUUGGGCUGUGCUGGUCGCAGCCGCGCUCUCAGCCGCCCGGCCGGCCCCCACCCUGCCCGACCAAGUUCUGCCCAAAGCAAAAAUCGAAGUGGAGUCCUACUCGGCCCACCCCGGGGACCUCCUCCAGCUGCGCUGCCGGCUGAGGGAUGACGUCCAGAGCAUCAACUGGGUGCGCGACGGCGUCCAGCUGGCCGAGAACAACCGGACGCGCAUUACCGGGGAGGAGGUAGAGGUCAGGGACGCGGUGCCCGAGGACUCGGGGCUCUAUGCCUGCAUGACCAACAGCCCCUCGGGGAGCGAGACCACCUACUUCUCCGUGAACGUCUCAGACGCGCUCCCCUCCGCAGAGGAUGAUGACGAUGAAGAUGAUUCCUCCUCAGAGGAGAAGGAGGCGGAUAACACCAAGCCAAACCAGGCCAUCGCUCCCUACUGGACCUAUCCCGAGAAGAUGGAGAAGAAGCUCCACGCCGUCCCCGCCGCCAAAACGGUGAAAUUCAAGUGCCCGUCCAGCGGGACCCCCAACCCCACGCUGCGCUGGCUGAAGAACGGCAAGGAGUUCAAACCCGACCACCGCAUCGGGGGGUACAAGGUCCGCUACGCGACCUGGAGCAUCAUCAUGGACUCGGUGGUGCCAUCUGAUAAGGGCAACUACACCUGCAUCGUGGAGAACAAGUACGGGAGCAUCAACCACACCUACCAGCUGGACGUCGUGGAGCGGUCCCCGCACCGGCCCAUCCUGCAGGCAGGGCUCCCUGCCAACAAGACGGUGGCCCUGGGCAGCAACGUGGAGUUCGUCUGCAAGGUCUACAGCGACCCCCAGCCCCACAUCCAGUGGCUGAAGCACAUCGAGGUGAACGGCAGCAAGAUCGGCCCCGACAACCUGCCCUACGUGCAGAUCCUGAAGCACUCGGGGAUUAAUAGCUCUGACGCGGAGGUGCUGACCCUGUAUAAUGUGACAGAGGCGGAGAGCGGGGAGUAUGUUUGUAAGGUUUCCAAUUAUAUUGGCGAGGCCAACCAGUCUGCGUGGCUCACUGUCACCAGGCCUCUGGCGAAAGCUAUUGAAGACACCCCGGCCAUGAUGACGUCCCCCCUCUACCUGGAGAUCAUCAUUUACUGCACCGGGGCCUUCCUCAUCUCCUGCAUGGUGGUGACCGUCAUCAUCUACAAGAUGAAGAGCACCACCAAGAAGACGGACUUCAACAGCCAGCUGGCCGUGCACAAGCUGGCCAAGAGCAUCCCCCUGCGCAGACAGGUAACAGUGUCGGCCGACUCCAGCUCCUCCAUGAACUCGGGCAUGAUGCUGGUGCGGCCCUCGCGCCUCUCCUCCAGCGGCACCCCCAUGCUGGCCGGCGUCUCCGAGUACGAGCUCCCCGAGGACCCGCGCUGGGAGCUGCCCCGGGACAGGCUGAUCCUGGGCAAGCCCCUGGGAGAAGGGUGCUUCGGGCAGGUGGUGCUGGCAGAAGCCAUCGGCCUCGACAAGGACAAGCCAAACCGCGUGACCAAGGUGGCCGUGAAGAUGCUCAAGUCCGACGCCACGGAGAAGGACCUGUCCGACCUCAUCUCCGAGAUGGAGAUGAUGAAGAUGAUCGGCAAGCACAAGAACAUCAUCAACCUGCUGGGGGCCUGCACGCAGGAUGGACCCCUCUACGUGAUCGUGGAGUACGCGAGCAAGGGCAACCUGCGGGAGUACCUGCAAGCCCGGCGGCCCCCCGGCAUGGAGUACUGCUACAACCCCACCCGCGUCCCCGAGGAGCAGCUCUCCUUCAAGGACCUGGUCUCCUGCGCCUACCAGGUGGCCCGGGGCAUGGAGUACCUGGCCUCCAAGAAGUGCAUCCACAGGGACCUGGCGGCCAGGAACGUCCUGGUGACCGAGGACAACGUGAUGAAGAUCGCUGACUUCGGUCUGGCCCGUGACAUCCACCACAUCGAUUACUACAAGAAAACAACCAACGGCCGCCUGCCGGUGAAGUGGAUGGCCCCGGAGGCUCUGUUCGACCGAAUAUACACCCACCAGAGCGACGUGUGGUCCUUCGGGGUGCUGCUGUGGGAGAUCUUCACCCUGGGCGGCUCGCCCUACCCCGGCGUGCCCGUCGAGGAGCUCUUCAAGCUGCUGAAGGAAGGUCACAGGAUGGACAAGCCCAGCAACUGCACCAACGAGCUGUACAUGAUGAUGCGGGAUUGCUGGCACGCCGUCCCCUCCCAGAGACCCACCUUCAAGCAGCUGGUAGAAGAUCUGGAUCGGAUCGUGGCCAUGACCUCCAACCAGGAGUACCUGGACCUCUCCAUGCCUCUGGACCAGUAUUCCCCCGGCUUCCCGGACACGCGCAGCUCCACCUGCUCCUCGGGAGAGGACUCUGUGUUCUCUCACGACCCUCUCCCCGACGAGCCGUGCCUUCCCAAGUUCCCCCCCCAGCACACCAACAGCGGACUGAAGCGACACUGAGGGUGGCACUGCCGCAGGGACUGCCACACCGCGCCGUGCCCGUGCCCGGGGGGCACCGGGGGCCGCUGCCCGCGCUGCCCGCGCUGCUGAGCUGCUGCAGAACGGGGCUCAGAGACACAACGGCAGCAUCUCACCCCCCAAACCCACCCCUGCCCCUCGGCUGCGAGCUCUCACACCCCAAAGGUUUCCUUUCUUCCGGUGGUUUCUUUGGUGUUCCCUUUCGUUACCUUUAAAACCUUUUUUCCAUGAAGUCUGUGCUUGAAUAUUCCCACUUGGUGAAGCCAAAAUCCUCUCCCGUGGGCAGUGCCUGCCCGGGGAGCUGCCACCCAUCCCGGGAUGGGGUGUUGUGUCUGGAGGACCUGGAGAACUCGCUCAGCCGAGCCCGGCACUGGGUUUCUGUGGCCACGGAGCCCGGACACCUCGUGGGCAGCACCGGGGUCCUGUGCCCGGGAUGGGGAUGCUCCAGGGCCGGUCCCGCGGCGCCAGCACCGACCCCCUGCUCCCCUGGAAGGGGGGGACGCGGUGCCCGCGGGGCUCAGCACCGGUGGCAGGGGCAGCCAAACCCACCAGUGCUAAAAACAGAAGUCCUGUGUACAUAACUAAAAAUAUGUAUAAAUAUGAAUAUAUAUUUACAUGUCUUUUUAAAAGGGUUGUUACCAGAGAUAUACCAGUUUGGUAGUAAGGUACUAGUGGCUGGUAGAUAUCAGUUGCUAUAAAAAAAAAAAAAAAAAAUUCAUAUAUUUUGCUACUUUUGCUGUUUUUAUUUUUUUAAAUUAUGUUCUAAACCUAUUUCAGUUUAGGUCCCUCAAUAAGAAUUGCUGCUGCUGCUUCAGUUUUAUAUGGGGUUGUAUUAAACAAUAAUAAUAAUGUGUCGAUGCCUUUUGGGAAUACGUUGUCAUUACGUGCCUGGCCUUGCCCUGGUGUCCCCCCCCGUGUCCCCCCGGGGCUCUGGCAGGGCUGGGGCCGGGCAUCGCCUGCCGGGCGCCCGCGGCACCAUAUUGGUGCUUUAGGCGGUGCCGGUGCCCUGGGGAGGGGGCUGCAGCCCCUGCCCCACCGCUUGGCUCCCUGGAGGAAGGAGCUGGGGGUCACGCCAGCCCCCUCGAGGCACUGGGACACCGGUGCCCACUCCCAGCCCUGCCGUGCCCCAGCCGGGGGAUGCCCACCCUCCGUAGCCCCCCUCCCCGGGCGAUGCCCACCAGUGCCUUACCGGCGCCCGGGGGGUGGCACCGCUCGGCCCGUCCCUGCCCGUGGUCCCCGUCCCCGAGGCGGUUGCGGUGCCCGGGCUCUGCUCCCCAGAGCUGGUGCCGGGGAGGACGGACGGGGGCCGGGGAAGGGGCUGCGUGUGCCCCCUCCCUCCCUCCCCGUCACUGGCCUUGAGACUCCCGCGCCGGGACGCUAUUACUUGAAAGUUUAUUUUGCCUUUGUAUGGAGAAAUAUUAUUUGUUGUAAACUCUUCUGUAAUGAAUCUGGAAUUCUUGUAAUUAUUAAAGACUUUAACCGAGA